AGACCAGUCCUCUUCUUGAAACACAAGUUUAGAAGCUCCGUUUAAUCAGGGUUUUGCCUUCUAAUCCCUCCGCCCUGGACCCUCCUCACACCGCCUCCCUAGUCCCUCCCGACUGACACAACCAUAUCAUCUUCUCUCUCUCUCUCUCUCUCUAUUAUGAAGCUCCCAAACCUAAACAAAAUACCAAUCAAGUACAGACCCAAAGCAAUCGAAAUAGCCCAAAAGGCCCUCACCGACUACCUCCACUCCACCAGAUCCCUUCCCUUCACCUACGCCGAGCACAUUAGCAAGAACUCCCUCCUAUCUCUCUCCGACGUCGCUUCAAAGGUCCGUUACUCCCCCGCCACCUUCUUCAAGUCCCUCCAGAGAUUCCUCAGGUACCACCCCAUCAACGAAUUUGAGUUUUUCUAUGAGAGUAUUGGCAUUAAUUAUCUUGAGAUUAAUGGAUUUUUGCCCCACAACAAGUUCUUUCUGUGUGAGGAUUUAAGGGUGUUGAAUGUUGCUUGUGCAUUGUGUUCUUUUGGUUUCCCAUGGAAUCAUUUGGGGGAGUUGUAUAGGGAGGAGGUUUCCAUUUUCAGUAGAGACCCAAGUGAGUUGAGUAAAAUGCUACACGGGUUUAAAGAACACGGGUUCGAUAGCGUGUCCGUGAUUGGGAUUUGUUUGGUUUUCCCUCAUGUUUUGGGUGGGGGCCCUGAAACGCAUGGUGAAGUCGAUUCGGUUUGGGGGGAUUUGAGAAAGUUGUUUAUUGAUUUUGAUUUGGUGAAUUUCGUGGAGGGAAAUGUGGAUGCUUGGGUUGAGAUUUGUAGGAAAAUACGGGUGUUUUACGACUUGGGUUGCGAGAAGGGCAAGAUGGGAGAAGUUAUGGGUAGGAGCAAGAUAACUUUUGUCAAAUACCCAGAAGAGGUUUUGGUCAAGAAAGCGGAGUUCUUUGCUAGAUUGGGUGUUAAUAAGAGUGAUGUUGGUCUAUUGCUUCUUGAAAGACGCGAAAUUUUGGAUUUUGAUUUGGAGGACCCUGUGAUUUCAGUGUUGGGAAUUUUGAAACACUUGGGAAUGAAUGAUACACAAUUAAAGGCUGUUGCUCAAGAGUAUCCUUAUGUUUUGGGAAGAAACAAAAUGGCUAACUUGCCUCAUGUGAUGAGAGCCUUGGAUCUGCACAAAUGGUUCUUUAAUCAGAUGAGAUUUGGGAAUCAUCAUUUGUUAGGUACUUACUUUAUUGGCAAUCCAAAUAAAGACUUGGAUAAGGAUUACAAAAGUAGCCUGGACAAAAUACACUCUACAAGGACCCCCGUUCACACACUUAGUAAGCUGAAAUUCUUGCAUAGUAUUGGUUUCGGAGAAAAUAAGUUGACUGUAGAAGUCCUAGCAGACUCACACGGAACUAGUACUGAGAUAAAAAAGCGGUUUGAUUGCCUUCUUCGCAGUGGGAUUGAAUACGCGAAACUAUGUAAAAUGGUAAGGUUGUCACCGAAGAUCUUAAACCAAAAUCCAGAGAUUAUUGAGAGGAAAAUUGAGUUUCUUUGCAAGGACAUGGGAUCUUCUUUGCAGUACCUUGAUCUAUUUCCUGCCUAUUUGUGUUAUGACCUAGAGAAAAGGAUUAAGCCUAGAUACUUUUUCCACGCAUGGCUAUUAGAGAAGGGGUUGAGUGUAAAAAGAUACUCUGUUUCAAGCAUGAUAGCAACUAGCGAGAAAAGUUUUAUAGCUCGUGUUUAUGGAAUGCACCCAGCUGCUCCAAAACAAUGGUUGGAGUGUUUUUCAAAUCCAAACCAGAGUUGCAAUUGCAAAUAGAUGUAGAUAAGAUAUCAACUCUGAACCACCCUGGCAAGAUGGGUAGACAACACCGACCACAUGACAAGUUCACCAUCACAGUGGAAAGCAUCACUGGAUUACAACUUGUAAUUAGAAUCCACUGGUUAUAAAACAUAUCCGUGCCAGAAUUAUCUCAAAAUUACAUUUGUUGUUUGAUUCAUCAACGGAGACAGGGAAUCCAUUUACAAAAGUCUUCUAU